CAGCGGCCGCGGCGGAAGGCGGCGGUGCCCUCCCCGAAGCGGCGGCAGCAGGAGGAGGACGGGAGGGAAGGACGCACUGACAGAGCAGGCAGCAGCAGGCACGCCAGUCGAAGAUGUCGGGUCAGACGCUGACAGAUCGAAUCGCAGCUGCUCAGUACAGCGUUACGGGAUCAGCCGUAGCCAGAGCCGUCUGCAAAGCCACCACGCAUGAAGUGAUGGGCCCCAAGAAAAAGCACCUGGACUACUUGAUCCAAGCAACUAAUGAAACAAACGUGAAUAUUCCUCAAAUGGCUGACACGCUUUUUGAGCGAGCAACAAAUAGUAGCUGGGUGGUGGUAUUCAAAGCUUUAGUUACCACACAUCAUCUAAUGGUUCAUGGCAAUGAGAGAUUUAUUCAGUACCUGGCAUCUAGAAACACAUUGUUCAAUCUCAGCAAUUUUCUGGACAAAAGUGGAUCUCAUGGUUAUGACAUGUCAACCUUUAUAAGACGUUAUAGUAGAUACUUGAAUGAAAAAGCAUUUUCCUACAGACAAAUGGCAUUUGACUUUGCAAGAGUGAAGAAAGGAGCUGACGGUGUAAUGAGGACAAUGGCUCCUGAGAAGCUGCUGAAGAGUAUGCCAAUAUUACAGGAACAAAUUGAUGCACUACUUGAAUUCGAUGUUCAUCCAAAUGAACUGACGAAUGGUGUCAUAAAUGCUGCAUUCAUGCUUCUAUUUAAAGAUCUCAUCAAACUUUUUGCUUGCUACAAUGAUGGGGUUAUUAACUUACUAGAGAAAUUUUUUGAAAUGAAAAAGGGGCAAUGUAAAGAUGCUCUUGAAAUCUACAAACGAUUUCUCACUCGAAUGACCAGAGUAUCAGAGUUUCUUAAAGUUGCAGAGCAAGUUGGAAUUGACAAAGGUGAUAUCCCUGAUCUUACACAGGCUCCUAGCAGUCUUAUGGAGACCCUUGAGCAACAUUUAAAUUCACUGGAAGGAAAAAAACCUGGCAACAAUGAAGGAUCUGGGGCUCCUUCUCCUCUGAGCAAGUCUUCUCCAGCCACAACUGUUACAUCUCCUAGUUCUACUCCAGCAAAAACUAUUGAUACAUCUCCUCCAGUUGAUCUUUUUGCAACUUCAUCUACAGCUGCUCCAGUCAGUUCUUCCAAACUAUCCAGUGAUCUUCUGGACCUUCAGCCAGAUUUUGCCGCUACUGGGCAGGCAGCUCCAGCAGCCCCUGCUGGAGCCACUUCGUGGGGAGACCUCUUGGGAGAGGAUAAUCUGGCUGCACUUUCCGGUGUUACCUCUGAGCCGCAGAUUUCAGAUCCAUUUGCCCCAGAGCCUAGUGCAACUACUACUGCAACUACUGAUACUACAACUACUUCAGCUGCUGCCGCUACAACUACAACUAUUACUUCUGCCACUGCUGAAGUGGAUCUCUUUGGAGAUGCCUUUGCAGCUUCUCCUGGGGAAGCCCCUGCAGCAGCUGAAGGGGCAGCAGCACCAGCUACCCCAACCCCUGUAGCAGCAGCUCUUGAUGCAUGUUCAGGAAAUGACCCCUUUGCCCCAUCCGAAGGUAGUGCAGAGGCUGCUCCUGAGCUGGACCUCUUUGCUAUGAAGCCAACAGAGACUGCUGUUCCUGUAGUUACCCCUACAACUAGUGCAGCCACUCCAGUUCCUGCAACAACUCCUUCUCCAGCUGCUGCUGUUGCUGCUGCUGCUACUGCUACUACAGCUACUGCCACUACCACUACCGCCACCACUACUGCUACCGCCACCACCUCCGCUCCUCCUGCUCUAGAUAUCUUUGGUGAUUUAUUUGAGUCUGCUCCUGAUGCACCUGCAGCACCUAAACCAGAUGCUACUCCUAGCAUAGAUCUCUUUGGUACAGAUGCUUUUUCAUCUCCACCACAUGGAGCUUCUCCUGUGCCUGAGAGUUCUCUCACUGCUGAUCUCUUAUCUGUGGAUGCAUUUGCAGCCCCUUCUCCUCUACCCACUGCCUCUCCAGCAAAGGUGGAUUCUUCAGGUGUGAUUGACCUAUUUGGUGAUGCUUUUGGAAGUAGUGCUUCUGAACCUCAGCCCACAACCCAGGCUGCUUCUAGUUCCUCAGCUUCUGCAGACCUACUUGCUGGCUUUGGAGGUUCUUUUAUUUCUCCCUCUCCAUCACCAUCCCCGGUCACUCCAGCUCAAACCAGCUUACUACAGCCUAACUUUGAUGCAGCUUUUGGGACAACAGCUCCAACGACUGGCAGUUCAUUUGAUGCAUCAGUGUUUGAUGGCUUAGGUGACCUUCUUAUGCCAACUAUGGUUCCUUCUGGUCAGUCUAUAGCACCUUCAGCCCCAGCAACGGUCCCUGCUUCAGCAGCAAGCAAAGGCCUCGGAAGUGAUCUUGAUUCAUCUCUUGCAAACUUAGUAGGCAAUCUUGGAAUUUCUGGUACUACUUCAAAAAAGGGAGACCUUCAGUGGAAUGCUGGAGAGAAAAAAUUAACAGGAGGGGCCAACUGGCAGCCAAAAGUAGCACCUGCGACAUGGUCAACUGGUGGUGUCCCAAGUGGUCCAUUGGCAGGAGCUGUGCCUCCAGCAAGUGCUGUUCCUGCCACAGGAGGUACUCCACCUGUCCCACAGCCGGGAGCAGCAUUUGGGAUGCCCCCAGCAGGCACAGGUGUGCCCAUGAUGCCCCAGCAGCCAGUUAUGUACGGGCAGCCUAUGAUGAGGCCACCGUUUGGAGCUGCCACUGGCCCCGGUGUACAGCUUUCUCCAAGCCCAACUCCUGCUACUCAGAGUCCCAAGAAACCUCCAACAAAGGACCCAUUAGCGGAUCUUAACAUCAAGGAUUUCUUGUAA